GUGUGAAGGUGCUUCCUGCUUCCUGACGGGGAGUUUUCGCCAGCUUGUUGAACAGUUUUGGUCAUGUUUGGGAAUGUUUUGAGCAGACUGGUGACAGAAACAUUUAGUGUUCAACGCUAUGUAAGGACUGUAGCUGUAUUACAGAGGGUAAGAGCCGCCUCUGUGCCGGUCAGGAGCUUCUCUGAUGUGAAGGACGAAGUGCAGCAGUCUUUUGACACCUCCCUGCUCGAGUUCCUGGUGUGUCCGCUGUCCAAGAAGCCGCUGAGGUACGAUGCUAAGACCAAUGAGCUGAUCAACGAGGAGCUUGGUAUUGCCUAUCCCAUCAUUGACGGCAUCCCCAACAUGAUCGCCCAGGAAGCCAGACUCAUACAGAAAGACACAGAUAAAGCUACCUCGACCACACCAACACAAGGGUAGAAGCUCUAUCACAACACCUUCAGCUGACCCAAGCAAACACUCUUAGUGUUUUAAAGGUUGUUGGACUGAGUGAGACAAUUCACUGUCACUGGAUCCCCCACAGCUCAAAUUGCAGCUCAGUGAGAACUUAUACUGCAUUCUUGCCAGCUGGCUGAAACUUCAUGUAAUAUAUCCCCUCAGGUAUUUAUUUACUCCUGUAGCACCCUGUGUCAGAACCCAUCUGC